UCCACUCCCACUUCCUGAGCCUGGCCGCUGGAGGCCUGGAGGCCAGGCCCGGCCGCUCCCGGCCCCCCGGGGCACGUCGGCCCAGCCGCUGGGCUUGGGAAGUCGCCACCGUCGCUGCUUAGGACAUCCGGGCUUCCCACCUUCCUCCCAGGCCUCCACCCGCCUGGUCAACUGGCCAAAGGGCCCGCCAUGCGUCUGCCUGGGGCCACCUCUCCCCGCGGCCUGGCCUGGGGGCUACUCCUGCUGGGCCUUUGUGGCCUCCUGGCUACAUCCCAGGCCCAGCUGGUACUCCCAUACCGCAUGGAAAACCAAACCUGCUGGGACCAGGAAAAGCAGUACUACGAGGCCAAGCAUGGGGUCUGCUGCUCCCGCUGCCCGCCAGGCAAGUAUGUCUCAGCUGAAUGCAGCCACAGCCAGAACACACUUUGUGGCACAUGCCCUGAAAAUUCCUACAAUGAACACUGGAAUCACCUCCUCUUCUGCCAGAUGUGCCGCCCCUGUGACACAGUGCUAGGCUUCGAGGAGGUUGCCCCUUGCACCAGCAAUCGCAAAACCGAGUGCCGCUGCCAGCCAGGAACGUACUGCGUCUUUAGGGGCUCUGAGUGCAUGCAUUGCCAGCCACUUUCGAAGUGCCCACCUGGCACUGAAGCUGAGAUUAAAGAUGAAGUUGGGGAAGCUAACAUCAACUGUGUCCCCUGCAAGGCAGGGCACUUCCAGAACACCUCCUCCCUCAGCGCCCGAUGCAAGCCCCACACCAGGUGUGAAGAUCAGGGCCUGGUGGAGGCAGCUCCAGGCACCCAUGAGUCUGACACAGUCUGCAGAAAUCCGCCAGAGCCACUGCCCCCCAAGAUGACAGGAAUGAUGUUGCUAGCCAUCCUGCUGCCACUGGCCUUUCUGCUUCUUGCCACCAGCCUUGCCUGUGCCUGGAAGAGCCACCCCUCUCUCUGCAGAAAGCUGGGGUCGCUGCUCAAGAGGCGUCCACAGGGAGAGGACUCCCCCUCCUGCCCUGCUCCAAAAGUUAACCAUUUCCCUGACCUGGUAAAGCCACUUCUGCCUGAUCCUGGAGACUUGCUCCCAGCCCCUGUUGGGCCCCCAACGAGCCCAGUUUUGGACAAAGUGACAGUACAACAGCAGAGUCCUCUGGUCCCAGCCAGAGAGCCAGAGCCUGAAGCUGGAGAUCAGGGCCAGGUGGCCUCUGGGGCAAAUGGCAUUCAUGUCACUGGAGGCUCUGUGACUGUCACUGGCAACAUUUACAUCUACAAUGGGCCAGUGCUGGGAGGAGCACGGGGUCCUGGAGACCCCCCAGCUCCCCCUGAACCUCCGUACCCCACUCCGGAAGAGGGUGUUCCAGGCUCUUCAGAGCUCUCUACGCCCUACCAGGAGGAUGGCAAAGCCUGGCAUCUGGCUGAGACAGAGCACUCGGGUGCCACGCCCUCUAACAGGGGCCCAAGUUGCCAAUUAGUCACCAUGCCUGACAGUGUCUGGGAAAAGCAAAGAGAAGAGAGGCUCAAGAGCACCUUCUCCCCGAAGGCUGCCCCACCCACACAGGACUCACCAGGGGCCUGGGUAGGGCUCUGCCUCUCGGGAACAUUGCCUCAGACACCUCUUCGAGAGCAGGGCCAGGCACUAGCUGGGCACAGAGCCCACCACAGGACUCCCACCACUGCCUGAGCAAGCCUGAGACCUGAUUGCAGACCCACCUGCCCACCAGGGCUGCACCUGCCCUGCCUCAGGCACGGACAGGGCAUGUGACACUAACUGCUGUCCACCAUGGCACUCUGCACCCUAAGCAUGGCACAGAGGGGAGCUGGUCACAUGGUCACUUGCAAAGACAUCACCAGGACCACUGAAGGAUUUGUGGUGCUCACCCCAAACUUUGGAGGCCCUGGGGCGGUCUAUGCUUCACAUGGACUGAGGUGGACCCGGAUGAAGAUGAAGCUAUGUAGAAGACCAUCCCUCCCUGAUAUCCUGGAGGAGAGGAAACACUCUGACUCAGUAAGAACCAGGGGGGUUGGUAGGGAUUACCAGAUUGGGGGAGAGGCUGGGAGGGGGAAGAAAAUGACAAGUGUAUUUAUAAAUUGUAACCACAUGCAAAUAAA